AUGGCGCCGGAGGCGGAGGCGGAGUCGCCCGUGGUGAUCCACGCGUGGUCGGCGCCGCGCUCCCUCAGCACCAGCCUCAUGUACUCCUUCGCCCAGAGGGAUGACAUGGAGGUGCUUGACGAGCCUCUCUACGCAAAUUUCCUGCGUGCCACCGGCGUCGACAGGCCCUACCGGCAGGAGCUCCUGUCUAAAAUGGACCCUGAUGGAAAUCAGGUUGUCAAAGAGGUGAUUUUUGGCCCAGGGGAUAAAAAGUAUCGUUACUGCAAGCACAUCUCAAAGCAACAUCUCCCAAACCUGUCAAGCGACCUCAUGAAGAAGGGAAAGCAUUUCAUAUUGAUACGUAACCCUCUGAAUAUACUGCCAUCUUUUGAUAAAGUUGUUCCACCAUCCUUCAUGGAGCUUGGCAUAGGCGAACUUGUCUCAAUAUACAGUGAAUUAUGUGGACUUGGGAGCCCACCCCCUGUGAUAGAUGCAGAUGAUCUGCAACAGGAUCCUGAGGCUGUCCUGAGUGGACUCUGUGAGGAUCUGAGCAUUCCUUUCCAGUCACAAAUGUUGAAUUGGAAUUGUUUCCUCUUUUUAGAUGGGAAGCUGGCCCCAAGGAAUUUGAUGGUAUAUGGGCCCCCCUGGUGGUAUGGGAGUGUGCACAAGUCUUCGGGUUUCUCUAAGCCUUGCCAAUAUCCUCUGACUUUCCCAUUCGCAUUUUAUGACCUGCUUGAGCAAUGCUUGCCUUUCUACAACAUGUUGAAGCGCCAAAUAAGGAAGACAAGAGGACCCCAGCAACCACCAUUACCUGACCCUCCUCUGCCUGUCCCUGCAAAUAAAAACAUUCUUGUUUGGGUUGGAGAUGAACUUUUGCCCCGUGACAGUGCAAAGAUUUCAGUGUUUGAUUCAGUUGUACAAGGAGGAGAUGCUGUUUGGGAAGGUUUACGUAUAUAUGAUGGAAAAGUAUUCAAACUAGAUGAACAUUUGGACAGAUUGUUUGAUUCUGCAAAAGCUAUGGCCUUCAGAAAUGUGCCUACUCGUGAUUGGAUUAAGGAUGCCAUCUUUAAGACUCUGAUUGCAAAUGGAAUGUUUGAUAAUGCUCAUAUAAGGCUCUCGCUCACCCGUGGGAAAAAGGUGACAUCUGGGAUGAGUCCUGGUUUCAAUCUUUAUGGGUGCGCCUUGAUUGUGCUUGCAGAGUGGAAACCACCAGUGUAUGAUAACUCUCAUGGAAUAAAAUUGGUUACCGCCACCACACGUCGAAAUUCUCCAAAUAGUAUAGACUCCAAGAUACAUCACAACAAUCUUAUCAACAAUAUUCUGGCAAAGAUAGAAGGUAAUCUUGCCCAGGCUGAGGAUGCCAUUAUGCUAGACAAGGAUGGCUUUGUAUCAGAAACAAAUGCAACAAACAUUUUUAUGGUUAAAAGGGGAAUUGUAUUGACACCUCAUGCUGACUAUUGCCUUCCAGGCAUUACGCGAGCAACUGUCAUGGAUCUUGUGGUGAAAGAAAACUUUGUGUUACAUGAACGACGCAUUAGUCUGUCAGAAUUUCAUGCUGCAGAUGAGGUAUGGACAACCGGAACAAUGGGUGAAAUUACACCGGUUGUAAUGAUUGAUGGGCGUGAAAUCGGUGAUGGGGAAAUUGGUCCAGUCACUAGACAAAUCCAGAACGCAUACAAAGUCCUGACAGCAGGGCUAGGAGUACCGAUACCGAGGAUUGCUGAGGUGUAA